AUGCUAAGCUGCGCAUCACCCAGUAUGGCCGCGCCGCACGCGCAGCCCUGGGGCUCACUCUUACAACAACCCAUUAAAACGGAACCGAUGGAAGACGGAAGCUUCUCAAAGGAACAAGCGAGCGGUUUUUACUCAGAAGGCUUUCAUAGCGCAUCGCCUUCAUCAUCCAGCAAGGACUCCAAUGGUCACUCGCCGCGCAGCGUCGGUAGUUCCGGAGAACCUUCCCCUUUCUACGACAACAUGCCUUUAAAAGCAAAGGCGAAUCUCGGGAUGCAUUUGGAAUCAUACCGUAACGGCUUGCCCUACAGUCUGCUCACGCCGCCUGGCUUUGAAAACAGGCAUAACGAAGAGCACGAACAGUCGCCAUACAGCUCGUACUCCCCACGAUCUAUAGCGCCACCGGCUCACGUCUCCACACCUCUAGCCCGCGCUGAUGCGACACCACCGAAGUCUCCCCCGCAGACUCCGUCAUCACCUCUUAGAGAUCAUGAAAGAAGAGCAUUCGAAAGAUUCCACGACUCCGGUUUCGAGAUCGGGCAAAAUAAAUCUGAUGCUGACGACGGUAGAGAUGGAUCCGGGCUCGAAGAAGAUUUCGACGAAGAACCCGGACUACGCGUGCCGGCGGUCAACUCACACGGAAAAGUCAAAACGUUCAAAUGCAAACAAUGCGAAUUCGUGGCUGUCACAAAACUGAGUUUCUGGGAACACAGCAAGGAGCACAUCAAGCCCGAAAAAAUGCUCACAUGUAGAAAGUGUCCAUUCGUCACUGAAUACAAACACCAUCUCGAAUAUCACAUGAGGAACCAUUUAGGCUCGAAGCCGUUCCAAUGUUCUCAGUGCUCUUAUUCUUGCGUCAACAAAUCUAUGUUAAAUUCACACCUGAAAUCUCAUUCGAACAUCUACCAAUACAGAUGCGCUGAUUGUAACUACGCUACAAAAUACUGUCAUUCUCUCAAACUUCACCUGCGGAAGUACAAACACAACCCAGCGAUGGUGUUGAACAUGGAUGGCACGCCGAACCCUUUGCCGAUUAUCGAUGUGUACGGAACACGACGUGGUCCUAAACAGAAGCCGUUAAUGAAGAUGUACGAUCAGCAGCAGAUGAACAACAAGCCACAACCUCUCCCGCCACAGCAUCCAAUCUUCGGUAAUCACUUCCCGGUGAACCUGCCAUACUUACCGCCACUCCUGCCGCACUCGUUCCUGUUCCCACCGAAUAAUAAUUACGAACAGAGGACAUCGCCUAAAGUGACCGAAACAUCGGUUGAAAACCAGCCAUCUACUUCACCUCAAUCGAUAUUACAACAGCGCCUAUCUUACGGCGAAUGUCCUUCAGAAGCAGGUGCAACACCGCCACCAACUAAAUCACCCACAAUCUUACCACAAACACCUACAAAGCGUACCCUAACACCACCCCAGACCACUGACGCUCUUGACUUGACAAAUACAAAGACGAGCGAGGCGGGAUCGCCUCCGCCCGUCGAACCACCAGCGCCUGUGACCCCCACGACAGCCUUGAAGAACAGGAGAAAAGGAAGAGCUUUCAAACUCCAACCGGCAGCCUUGAGACUACAGCACGAAGACACAAAAAUGGAGGCGGAAAACUCAGAUUCGGAAUCCGACGCUUCAGCUGAACCAACUAGCGCGCCAGCAUCAUACACCUGCCAAUACUGCGACAUAACGUUCGGGGAUCUCACCAUGCACACCAUACACAUGGGUUUCCAUGGAUACAACGAUCCCUUCAUGUGCAACAAAUGUGGAGAACGAAGCUCCGACCGUAUAGCUUUCUUCAUACACUUAGGACGCGCCCAGCAUGCCUAA